GAAGGGAGCGGCGUUGCCAUGGCGGCGUCUCUUGGGCAGGUGCUGGCUCUGGUGCUGGUGGCCGCUCUGUGGGGUGGCACGCAGCCGCUGCUGAAGCGGGCCUCCGCCGGCCUGCAGCGCGUUCAUGAGCCAACCUGGGCCCGGCAGUUGCUGCAGGAAAUGAAGACCCUCUUCUUGAAUACUGAGUACCUGAUGCCCUUUCUCCUCAACCAGUGUGGCUCCCUUCUCUACUACCUCACCUUGGCAUCAACAGAUCUGACCUUAGCUGUGCCCAUCUGUAACUCUCUGGCCAUUGUCUUCACGCUGAUUGUUGGGAAGGUCCUUGGAGAAGAUAUUGGUGGAAAACGAGCAGUCGCUGGCAUGGUGCUCACCGUAACAGGAAUUACACUCUGCAUCACAAGCUCAGUGAGCAAGACCCAGGGGCAACCGUCUACCCUUUGAGUAGACCGACCCCUGCCUCCAGCUCUGCCAUCUCCAGGAAGCCCCUGGGCCGUGGGUGCAGGCAGUGAGCAGAUGGACCUAGCACUUCCCUCUCUGAGCCUCAGCGUCCUCAUCUCUUAUGGGGAUAAUAGCUACCUCAUGGAUCACAAUAAGAGAAUAAGAGUGAAAAGUUUUUGUAACCUUCAAGUGGUGUUCAGCUGCUGGGAUUGAACACAGGAGACUUUACGCUCACCCUCAGCAACCUUCACGCCCAGCAGCUCUCUUCCUGUUGUCGUCUCAGGCACCAGCCCAGCCACCAUGACUAUGGCCUGAUCUGGACUAUGAGGGUGGCGGGUUCAAUGGGCUGCAUGGAAGGGCCAGCUGCAGGCUCUGAGCCGGAAAUGCAAAUAGCAGGCCUGGGGACUCGAUUACAGGGCCACAGCUGGCUGAGGGGUGGGAUUGAGGGGAAGAAGGCGCAUCAGUGGCAAACGUAGGAGAGGAGCUUUCUGUCCACCCUGCCUGUCCCAUCUGCCAGGUGGGUAGAAAUCCUCACUGCCAGCCCCUCUUAAACAAGUGGACAACUCAGCCCCAGCACCGCCUCACUCCAGCACCCAGUGCAACACCUGGCAAGUGGCAGCCUUCAAUAAAUCUAUAGUAAACAGACA